GUUCCAGCUCAGCGGCUGGAGCAGCACAUUACAAGUAUGGCUGGCGACAGUGAGACACAUUUAGGGGACCGCGACGAGAACACCCAGGUUGUUCGGCAACCUUUCCUCAUCGGUGUCUCCGGUGGCACUGCCAGUGGCAAGUCGUCUGUGUGUGAGAAGAUCAUGGAGCUGCUGGGACAGAACAAGAUUGACCACCAUCAGCGGCAGGUGGCGAUCCUCAGCCAGGACAGCUUUUACAAGGUGCUGACUCCUGAGCAGAAAGCCAAGGCACUCAAGGGCCAAUUUAACUUUGAUCAUCCAGAUGCCUUUGACAGCGAGCUGAUCAUGCAAACACUGAGACAGAUCCUUCAGGGGGAAACUGUCCAGAUCCCAGUUUAUGACUUUGUCACUCAUUCCAGGAAAGACGAGUUUGUUAUGGUGUAUCCGGCUGAUGUGGUCCUGUUUGAGGGCAUCCUCAUGUUCUACUCGCAGGAAAUCAGAGAUCUGUUCCAGAUGAAGCUGUUUGUUGACACAGAUCCCGACACACGGCUGUCGCGUCGAGUUCUGAGAGACAUCAGUGAACGUGGCAGAGACCUGGAGCAAGUGCUCAGUCAGUACAUCACUUUUGUGAAGCCGGCCUUCGAGGAGUUCUGUUUACCUACGAAGAAGUAUGCAGAUGUCAUUAUUCCACGAGGAGCAGAUAAUCUUGUGGCCAUCAACUUAAUAGUACAGCACAUCCAAGACAUUCUGAACGGCGGACCAAGCAAACGUCACAACGGCUGCACGAACGGCCACAGCACUCCACGGCAGCGGCGGACCUCCGAGUCAAGCAGUCGGCCUCACUGACCCCGUCACACCUCUCUUCACAGAAGGGAGAGGGGUGUGGGGUGUUGUAAAUAAUGCCUGUGGGCAUCACUGUAUUUAAAAGAGAUGAAGAAGAAAUGCAAAGAGAAUUGAAAUGCCUUUUAUUAUAUCAUGACUACUCUUAUGUUAUUGGUUAUUUCAUUGUAACUGUAAGGAUUUGAUUUUUAUUUUGUCAUGAGGGUAAAGAUGAGCUCUUGUUGCGAUGAGACCAUUGGUUAAAUAUUGAUCCCAUGCAUUUCACCCCUGCCCCUUUUUUUUCCCUUCCUUUCUUUUUAUGUAUCCCCUGCUGCUCUGUUAAAGUUCAUGCUGUAAAUGAAUAAAAUUGGGGAAUCCUU